AUGCACACACAAAGUCGUCAUUUGAUCCUAACAGAUCUCAUCACUCAGAGCACGAGCAAAAUCUCUCUCAAUGUGAGCCAUCAAAAUGGCUGUACUGUCUUUUCGGCUUUUGUGUUCCGACAAUUGCACGAAUAUCGAUCGGAACCAAAAAGUGAUCCCGAACUCGAUGUCUAUAAUAAUUUUUUUAAUCCAGCCAUGAUGGCCGCUUGGCAAAUUCCAAAUGAAAUUUUGGUCAUUUCUGUUGGAAUUAAAAGUAUUCAAUUGUUUCGACAGAAUAUAAAUUCAUUGCAAGAUUUGGAGAGACGAAUUCAAAAUAUUUUGGAAAAGCCUUUGAUUUGUGUGUUGAAGGAUCCAAUGACUCUACAAACAAAUGCACCACAACUUGUUCCAGCAAUUUGUGGAUUGGGAUGUCAUGUGACUGCAUCUUCCUCGUGGAGUCCAACCUAUAGUGCUGCCAAUGUAGCUCUGGAUCAUCAACAAAAAGUGUUUGACGCAGGUCAAUUUGAUGUGGACACGGAUAAAUGUUGGGUUGCUGCCAGUGGUGAUACGAAUCCAUGGUUGAAAGUGAAUUUUGGAGAGUUGGCAUUUGUGCAUAAAAUUGAAAUUCAAGGAAGAAAAAAGUUCGAACAUUGGGUUACUCAAUUUGAGUUGCAUGCGUCACAAGAUGGAGUGAAUUGGAUGGUGGUUCCUUAUAGUCCUCAAUCAACUGUAUUUCCUGGAAAUACAGAUAAAACGACGGUCGUUUCACACACACUUCAGAAUCCAGUGUUGGCUAGAGUUUUAAAGAUUGUUCCAAAGACAUGGCACACGGAGGCCAAUAUGAGAUGUGAAGUGUAUAUUACGUUCCCAGAAAAAGAAUAUUAUCAUUCAACUAUUUAG